AGAUAAUGUCUUAAACCGAAUUGAUUAAUGGUUAUGAUUCAAUAGAUUCUCCGCACUUAGCAAUAAAAUCAAUCCUUAAAUCUUCUUAGUUGAAAAUAAAUUAAACCUCUUUAAGAUUGGACUGGGCUGGAAAUGAAAUUAUCAAAGGGGGAUCUCAUAAAAUCGCUUUUAUUAGUUAAUAAAAUACUCCAAGAACAUUCAUGGACAUUCUAUCAUGUGAACUCUCUAAUUAAGGUGAUGAAAUUGAAGAAGAUUAUAAUAAAAUGUUGAACUGUUAAAAUGUGAAAUAUAAAAGUUAACAACAACCAGAACUAAGUUAACAGUCUAACUGCUGUUUUAUUUAUUGA